CACAACCGCAGGAAUCUACUCCCGCAAAAGGCAUGUGCUUGAGAAGAGGUUACGGACUGAAUAUGCUCGUCCUGGUGGUCCUGUGUUAUCUGGUGAUGGGGAUACGCGGCCAGGCUGAGGAGCUGGAUGCAGAACAGAGGCAGGACUCUCCUACACAGGACACAGAGGUGGAGAUGCACAAGGUUACCACGGUGACCCCCAUCCAUGUGCCUAACCUCCACCCCGCCCUCUCCCACAGUUACGACCCUGUCUCCAAAAACCAGGAUUCCACACCAGCUCCUACUUCUGCCCCACCCCUGCCCCAAAGGGACACGCCCACCUCCUCUGACAUCACCAGCACCAUAGCAGCCACGCCCCCUAGGCAACCCCCCCAUUCUGUGCUGCCAGAUGGUGCAGCCUCUAAUGACAGUGGGAGGGGCGAUACGCUCCAUCCAAUGGGUGCCACUGCCACACCUGGCCCUGCCCACACCACCUCCACUGGGGAGCCGCCUGCUGAGGGUGGGGCCGUUGCCAUGGCAACCAGCGGCGCGAUCAGGACUACGGUGAGGGAAGGGGGCGUGGAGAUGCAAGAACCAAUGGGAGCGCAGUGGAACACAGGACUAGCCAGUGAGGUCACAGCGAUGACAUCAUCAUCCUCUGGAGACGAAGAUAAGAAAACCACAAUGACCAUAAUCACCACCACACAGACCCCAGUUCCCUGCAGCACGAACCUUACAGGCCCUGAGGGCUACAUCAAGUCUCCUCCCGCCCCUGGCACCUGGUCCCAGCCCUACCUGGACUGCACCUUCACUGUCACCGUCUACAUGGGCUACGGGGUGGAGAUACAGGUGCUGAAUGUGAGCCUUUUGGAAGGGGAGGCGGUGACCCUGGAUGACGUUGGAGGCAGGGUGCCCACAGUGGUGGCUAACGAGUCCAUUCUGAUGAAGGGGCUUGUGGUGAGGAGCCGGAGCAACCAGAUCGCUGUCCGCUUCCUGAGCGAGCAGUCUCCCCCUGGGUCAUUCCUGCUGCGCUACCAAGCAUUCGUGCUGAGCUGUCUGUUCCCCCAGAGGCCGGACUAUGGGGACGUAUCCGUCUCCAGUUUGCACUCAGGGGGGGAGGCGUAUUUCCUCUGCUCUACUGGGUACCAGCUGCAGGGCCCCCCCACACUCACCUGCCGCAACCACACCACCCCCUACUGGAGCGGCACGGAACCGCGCUGUCUGGCUUCCUGUGGAGGACUGAUUCGGAAUGCCACAGUGGGCCAGAUUGUGUCUCCUGGUUUCCCCAGCAACUACAGCAACAACCUGACCUGCCACUGGGUCCUGGAGGCCCCGGAGGGGCACAGGGUACACGUGCACUUUGAGAAGGUGGCCCUGGCCGAGGAUGAUGACAGGUUGUUGAUAAAGAACGGGAAUAACAUCGACUCCCCGCCCCUGUAUGACUCAUACGAGGUGGAGUACCUGCCCAACGAGGGCAUCGUGAGCUCCGGCCGGUACCUGUUCAUCGAGCUGACCACUGACAGCUCUGGCAGCUCCACCGGGGCCGCCAUCAGAUACGAAGCGUUUGGCCCAGGUUGCUGCUAUGAGCCCUUUGUGAAGUACGGGAACUUCAGCAGCAGCGACGCUUCUUUCGGGGUGGGGGCGGUGGUGGAGUUCUCCUGCAAUCCGGGGUACACCCUGGAGCAGGGCUCCGUCACCAUGGAGUGUGUGGACCCCCCCGACCCGCAGUGGAACGAGACUGAGCCUGCCUGCCGAGCUGUGUGCAGUGGAGAGAUCACAGACUCAGCGGGGGUGGUUCUCUCUCCUAAUUGGCCGGAGGCAUACGAUAAGGGGCAGGACUGCAUCUGGGGUGUGCAUGUGGAGGAGGACAAGAGGAUAAUGCUGGACAUCCAAGCGCUCCAUGUGGGCAGGAGUGACCUGCUCACCUUCUAUGAUGGCGAUGACCUGACAGCAAAGAUCCUGGGGCAGUAUGCCGGCUCACGCCCACGGUUCAAACUGUACACCUCCACCGCUGAUGUCACCAUACAGUUCCAGUCUGACCCCGCCACCAACAUCUACGGCUAUCACAACGGCUUUGUGGUCCAUUUCUUUGAGGUUCCUCGGAACGACACGUGUCCGGAGCUUCCGGAGAUUUCCAGCGGGUGGAAGACGACCUCGCACCCCGAGCUCGUCCACGGCACAGUGGUGACCUAUCAGUGCUACCCCGGGUUCGAGGUGGUCGGCUCCGAGAUCCUCAUGUGCCAGUGGGACCUCACCUGGAGCGGGGACCUGCCCAGCUGUGAGAGAGUAGUGUCGUGCCCGGACCCUGGCAUCGUGGAGCACAGUCACAGGGUGAUGUCGGGUCCCAGGCUGACUGUGGGCUCCACGGUGCAGUUCAUCUGCAAUAAGGGCUACGUGCUGUCAGGGAACAGCCUGCUCACCUGCUACAACCGAGACCCCUCCGGGCCCAGGUGGACUGAGAAAGCACCCAAAUGCCUGUCGGAGACGUUCGAGCCCUGCAGGAACCCAGGGACCUCCCGGUUCAGCGUGCAGACCGUGGAGAAGCGGUUCUACCAGGCAGGGGAGACUCUGCGCUUCUCCUGUCUGGGCGGGUACCUCCUGCAGGGCGAACACAGCAUCCGCUGCAUCCCUGGACACCCCUCCCGCUGGAGCAGCUCGCCCCCUACCUGCAGAGCUUCCCCUGCUAUGCAGUAUGUAAAUGAGAGACGGUUGGAAGUUGUCAAUACGGAUUUCAACAUGGAGGGCACAAGUAUAGCAAUGGCAGUCUUCAUUCCCAUCACCCUCAUCCUCCUCAUCAUUGUUGGGAUUUACCUCUGCUUCUCCAGGGUGCAUGGGAAGUCUCUGCACCUGCCUAUGUCAACCUCCACACCUUACGGACACAUCACAGUGGAGUCAGCCCUUGACAACCCAACCUUUGACACAGCAGUGAGCACCCCCGCCCCAUUCCUUGUGUUCCCCGAUAACGAUGUCUCUUAG